GAGAGUGUAGCCGAAGUGGUACUCCUUCCGUCGUUCUUCGACGGCCUGUGCGAAGGGCCAGAUGGCGGCCCUUUUCAGCACACACAAGCGCCGUUCGUCUUGGACGACUUCCGCGCACUCUGCGCGGAACUCUACCCAGCGGUGCUGGCAAAGCUUCUCCGGAAGCAGGAGAUGUCGUCUCCCACCUGUCACGUCUUGCGUUUGUCUUGCAGAUGUGGUGCCCCCAUUGCAUCCGAAUUGCCGUACGCUUGCCGCCCACAACUUCCAACGGUCUUCCAGGCGUGGCCCACAGUCAUUUCCCGAUUGCGUCUCAUUUGUUGCCUGGUUGCCUUCGAGAUAUGGUCCUCCAAUGCCUCUUUAUUGGUUUCCCUGGCCUUUACAUGUCUCCCCGUGUGCCUUGUGCUGCCCGGCUCGCCGGAUGUCUCUCUUUACUUGUCUCCCUUCAUGUGUCUCGUGGUGCUUGAUGUACUGGCACUGGCGGGAUUAUACUUGAUCCCGCCAGUGCCCAAGAAGAAGGCCGCGCCGGGGUACCAGGAGGAGGUGGAAGAAGGCGAGCAGGAUCAGUGGCCCAUCUUUCCGGGCGAGGUUGGGCCCAUGGAGCCCCUCAUCCCGGAAGGGGUUAUGCUGCGUGGGCUAAAAGAGUUAGAUGCAUGCCGGAUGAGCCGUGAACUCGGCCCGGUGUUUUGCAUCGACUUCAAGACUCGCACCCACAAGCCCCAGUUCCUUCUGCAAUGGCAGGGCUCGAAGGCGUUGGACGAGUGCCUGAGCUUCUUGCUGGAUGCUAUGGCGGAAGUGCUCCCGGGCUCUCUCGCCGACCGCCUUUUCCAGGGCCGGGUCGACAGCACCCCGGAGUGCCCCGCUUGCGGCAGCGUCUUCGUUGGAGAGUCGUGCCCGUUCCGCUUGCUGACGCUGCCUUUGGCGGAGGCCACUCCGACCUUGGAGGACAUUCUGCAAGCCUUUGAAGGCAAGGAGCAGCUGUCGCCCGAGAACGCGUGGAAGCGUGCCGCGGCUGUGCGAAAAAUGUGCAAGCGAUCAAGCAGCUUGCCGUUGCCAAGCUGGAGCUCAGGGGUGGAUGACAGGCAGGCUUUAAAGAAGGUCCCCUACCCGGCACGCUUUGGCGAGCAUGCGCAGCGCCGCGGCCAGUGGCACACCUUCAGCGAUGACGUGGUGCAAGAGGCUGUGAGUUUGCCAGAGGUUCUGGGGCACGAGGCGUACAUUCUCUUGUACCAGCACCGGGCCGCUCUUGGGGAGCCGGCGCUCGAUGCUUACGAACGAGCAAGUGUAGCAGAUGCGCUCGGGUGCUUCCAAGUGGCCCCCUUCACGCCGCGUACGCCCAGCAUUGCGCCCACCUGCCUCGAUGAAAGCUCGGAAGACGAGGGCGAAGAGAAGGCUUUGCAUUCAGCGCGUGGGGCGCAGAAGCGACUUCAGGAUGAAGAUGCGAUCGAGGCAGGAGAGUUAAGUUCUUCAAACAUACACAACGAGACAAAAUGGGAACAGAUGCUUUCGUUUUGCUGGAAGCAUGGCGUGCCCACUGAGACUGCGCAUAAAAAGCCGCGUUUGAGCACCGCAGAAGCAGGGGCUUUGUGUCCUGUAUGGCACGCCAUCCUGCAUACUCCCUGGUCGUCCCGAACGUCAGCCUUGAAGGGCCUUACUUCCCAUUGCCACGAAGGCAACGGGAAUGGCG